AUGGAUAACUUCUACAAUGUCAGCAGUAGUCUCUCUGACAUAAGAAAGGAGCUCAGAAAGGAUACCCUUUCGUUGAAAAAUAGGCUCCAGUCAAUUCUAUACGACUCGAAGUUUGUUUCUGGUCUUGAGUUGAAUUUUCCUUUGGUCCCUAACGAAAGGUGUGGAUUAUGGUAUGUUCCUAACGAUAGUCAGAUCGAUAGCUCGUAUUUCAAGUCGACAGAUGGCCAUACCAGCGAAUGGGCGUUUUCCAUGCGAAGACUCAAUCUCCAUUUGGUGCCCAUCAUAGGUGAAAAUGACGGAAUAUCAAUUAUUGAUUCCACCAGGAAGGGAAAGUUGAUGCCCGACGCUUUGCUGAAGACCAUACCGAUCUGGUGUGCUGUGCUCAACAGCAUUUUGUAUGAAGAUACUCUGGAUAACGAAAUUGUGCAAGAACUAGGCUCCUUAUUGAGUGGCUGGUCAGAAGAUGAUACUGGAUUCAUUCUUGAUUUGAAGAAUAACCACAGUUGGCUCAGAACACCUAGGGAAAUGGUUUUUCGAAGCGAGCACAACCUAAUUGUGAAGCGGAUUCCUGAGUUUGUCAAGGAAGUGAAGCAUUUGGGCUUGAUUUCAAAGAAACAGUUAAUCGCAGCUCUUGGUGGAAAGAGAAAGCCGUUGGUGCCGUUCUGGACGUAUCCUGGCAACAAGGGUAGAAUUCAUACAAUUUCAAAUGAUCAUAAUGAUGGCGGCAUUGUGUUCGAAGACUCUACUGUCAAUAGAACUAAUCCGUACUAUACUAUUCAAUGUGUGACAGCUUCAAAGAAGACAGAAGAACUCGAUGGAGCACCUAUAACUGUACAAAGUCGAUCGCAGGAUCAGGAGCUAAUAUCAACUUCGUGGAGAUAUAUUCAGGGAGCGGCAGAUGACCACGAGCUAUGGGCUACCAAGGAUAUCUGUCAAGGGAACCUCCUGCCCAAAAUCUUUUGGAGCCUCUUGCUAAUAAAACUGGCAGAAGGUAUAAUAGACGAAAACACGGGAUACAUUUACGACUGGCUCAGUGAAGCUGAACUUACUCAAAAACUUAACAAACUCUAUUCUCAGCUUCUUGAGUCCAAGGAAAACCACUCUUUCGUACUCAGGACUCAGGUGAGUGACGUCAAGAAUACGAAGAACGAUACAGGCAUCAUUUUGGGAAUAAUGGAAUCAAAUAUCCACUACGAGCAGUUAAUUGUUGAAUUCCCUGAGGUAGCUGAAGUGGUUAUUUUCAGUGACAAGUACGUGGUCACAGAUGUGCCAGAGAAAGUGCAAAUCCAGUUGUUCCAACAUAAAAUAGAGUCGUCCAAAAAAGGAUCGAAGCAGUUGAGAGAAGUGCUUCCAACUCUUGUUCCCAAACUCAAGGCUGGAGAUGUCAAUAGCAAAAUCUUAGUGCUUUGUGAUUCUGGAAAGGAUAUCAGCGCUGGUUUGGUUGUUCUCUUGUUGUGCAAAUAUUUUGACUUGGAAUGGAAAAUAAAGCAAUCUCCUGAAGCUGUCAAGGUAGAUAAGGACUUGGUAAAGAAGCAAUUGAGUUUGCUAGCUAAUGUCAGAAAAGUUAAUCCAAGUAGAAACACUCUACAGAGUAUAAACACAUAUUUAAUGUAA